UCUUUCUCUUCUCCUAUCAAAACCCCCUAAACACCACCAUCAUCUUUCCUUCUUUCCUGUUGGUCAUAUCUCCCUUUAGAUCAUCUGGUUCUAAGUGUUUUCAAGUCUCAAGGCUGGUGUCACUUGUGUUAUAACCAGAAGAAGAUCAAGAUAAUAAAUAUACAUAAAUGGCACCAGUUUCAUUGCCUCCAGGCUUCCGAUUUCAUCCCACCGAUGAAGAGCUUGUCGCUUACUAUCUAAAGAGAAAAAUAAAUGGACGUAAAAUCGAACUCGAAGUUAUCCCUGAAGUUGAUCUCUACAAAUGCGAACCAUGGGAUUUACCAGGGAAAUCGCUUUUGCCAAACAAAGAUCUAGAAUGGUAUUUCUUUAGUCCAAGAGAUCGUAAAUACCCGAACGGAUCAAGGACAAACCGAGCCACGAAAGGCGGGUAUUGGAAGGCAACCGGCAAGGACAGGAAUGUUAGUUCACAAUCACGGGUAGUUGGGCUGAAGAAAACCCUAGUUUACUAUAGAGGGAGAGCACCUCAUGGUGCUCGAAGCGAUUGGGUUAUGCAUGAGUACCGCCUUGAUGAGCGAGAAUGCGAAAGUGAAUCCGGACUUAAGUUGCAGGAUGCUUAUUCGCUUUGCCGUGUGUUUAAGAAGAGUUUGAAUGCUCCAAAGACGAACGAUGGAGUAAAUUCUGCUGCCGCGGUAAGUGGUAACUCAUCAAGUAUGGAUCAUUAUUCAGAGGGAGGAAUUGUUGAAGAUAUGAUGGAGAAUUGCAAUGCUCAAGCACCCAUGCUUUCAUCUAUAUCUAACAUAAACCAUGGAUCCCCAUAUGCCUCAAGUGAUGGGAGAUGGAUGCAAUACCUAACAGAAGAAGCAUAUACUCUCUCAAAUCCAAGUUUUACUAACUGUGGGAAUGCUUAUUAUCCUCCAUCCAAGGCUGAUAUAGGGUUAGAAUGUGCAAGGAUGCAACAAAGGUUAUCAAUGCCUCCAUUGCAGGUACAAGAUCUCCAACAGCAAGGAGCUACUAGCUAUGUGGAUUUAAUGAACAUGCCACAGACAAGUAGCAGCAUUCAAGACUUUACAACUUCCAAUGGUCCUCAACAGGACAUUUUGCAGGAAAUCCUUUCGGUAGCUCAAGUUUCACAGGAUCUCAUCAAUCAGAAUGCUUGGGGCGGAUCCUAUUCCGGUCAUCACGAAGAUGAUUUCUCGUUUCUAGCAAAUAAUGAUAGCAACAUUAAUCAAAUGCAAGAUGUGGGCUGGUCUAGGUUCGUUGGAGAUGAUCACAGUAUGAGGUCUAUAGAGGUUGGUGGUGCAGAUGAACAUCAUGGAACUGAUAGAAUGGUUGAGAAUUUAAGAUGGGUUGGUAUGUCUAACAAGGAACAUGACCUGACGUUUUGGGACGAUUACAAGACUGUUCCGUUGGAAAAUAUACCAAGUAUUAAGAGGGAGGAGCAUGAGGUUCAAGUUGCAGGAGAUAGCAGCAUACACAACAACUUGGAAAUCACCGAAGACCCCUUCUCAAACAAUAACUUCUUAGACGGAUCCGAUUUGGAUGACUUCACCACCACCCCAAACUACCAAAUUUACGAGAAAACUAAAGCCAGUCACGGGUUGAUCGUGUCAACCCGACAUGUUUCAAAAACAUUCUUUCACGAAAUCGUCCCUUCUGAAAUCGGCAAGGUUCAACUGAACCUGGGAAUGGUAUAUGACCAGGAAGUAGUUAAGUCCUUUGGCGGGCCGAAGCCUGACAAGAGAGUUAUAACACGACAAAACAAAGGAGUAUCACUGACGGCUAGAUCCGAAGUAACUAUUAAGACUACAAUGAGCCCUUUUGUCAACUUGGUUUUUCUGUGGAUAUAUUGUUUUUUUCAUGAGGAAUCAAACAAUUGUGAUAUGAAGUUCAAAGAUGAUUAUGAAGAGGAACAAGAAGGACGAAGCAUAUCAAAUGUGGUUUUGGAGAAGGUGAUAUGGCCAUGUGUGACCUUGGCUUUGGCAUUUUCUACCAUUUGGGUACAUCAUAAGUACUAAUUACAAGGGUGUUUUUAAACUCUUUUUACAUUAAUUAAUUAUUUCUAACCAUACACAAUGAAGUUGUUUACUUAUAGGGAAAUGAGAAAACUAAGGUUCCCUAGAUUUAAU